AUGUCAUCAGAACCCUCCACACACACACCGAGCGUGCCUAGCGCGCUGGAGACGGACACGCGAGUGUGUGCGGACGCGAGCGAGCGGCCAGGCCGCGUCCUCAAGGCGUAUCUGCUCCAGAAUGCCCCAGAGUAUCGGGUGCUCGAUGCCUUGCGGCAAAAGGGUUGGGAGAACAAAGCCGGAGACGUCUUCUUCGCGAAACAGAGACAGCAAGCGGACCACGCAGAUGAGAAAACCGUCCACUUCUUCUAUAAGAUGAUGAAGGGCAUUGCCAGCGAUAUGAACCGAGCCACCGGCGCGCUCCGAGUGCACGUAAAAUGGCCCGGCAGGGCGCAGAUCCUAGACUUCUGCGCAGCUCCGGGUGGGUUCCUCGAAACGGCCAUGGCCAUGAAUGCUCGAGCCGAAGCAAUGGGGUUCAGUCUGCCACCCACCCAAGGCGGGCAUAAGAUCAUGAUGCCGCUGGGCCCGGUCGUGACGUUCAAAUACGCGGACGUCACCAUGUUUGCGGGAGACAUGGGCUUCACGGAUAUUCCUCGAGAUCACCCAGAGGCUGAGAGCUUCGACCUGGUGCCCAACAUCCAAGGCGAGCGGCGCUUCCAUCUCGUCUUCUGCGACGGGCAGGUCUUGAGAACCCACGUUCGGGCUGCCUAUCGGGAGCAGUGGGAGGCGCGGCGCCUGUCAGCUACACAGCUCGCCAUUGGGCUCGAACACGUCUCGCUGGGCGGCACCAUGGUGGUCCUCUUACACAAGCUGGAUGCCGUCGACACCGUGCGCCUAAUCUACACGUUUAGCAGGUUCUCUACCAUCCAGCUCUUCAAGCCCACAAGAGCACAUGCCAAGAGGUCUUCCUUCUAUAUGAUUGCCACCAACAUCCAGAGCACCUCGCCGCUCGCACGCGAAGCUGUGGAUUCCUGGAAGCAGAUGUGGCGGGUCAUGACCUUUGGCUCUGAUGAAGAACGGGUGAAGAAAGCAUGGGAGGAUCACAUGGACGAGCAGGUGCUGGUGGAGCAGUUUGGGCCCCAGGUCGUAAGGCUCGGAAGGGAUAUCUGGGAUAUUCAGGCCAGAGCUCUCGAAAAGGCGCCGUUCAUGCAGGCCGGCCAGAAUGGGCAUCGAAAGACCGGUUGA